CAAAUUUAUUGUUUAUUCCCAUGUGGUAGAAAAAUGGACGCGCACAUGACUCUGUGAGGUUUUGAAAAUGUUUUCUUUUAGUGUUCGCAUUCGUUAAGCAGUGUAAUUUGAUAAUUUUGUGAUAAAGUGGUGUGUGAAAAUGACAGAAAUGCCUCCUUAUCUUACGGUCAAAGAUGAGGAGAAAAACAGUGCUCAGGGCGACAGUGAUAUUUCUUCCGACGACGAUUGGGAUUUACCACUCUGUUUUGAUAAACCUAGACACCUUGAGCCUAUAAAAGGCGCAGAGCGUGUGGAGCAUACAUGGAGAGUCAAAGAGAAGUACAAGACCCACUGUGUGGCUCUGGUGCUGUGCCUCAAUGUGGGAGUGGAUCCUCCAGAUGUAGUUAAAACCCAACCAUGUGCCAGGCUUGAAUGCUGGAUCGACCCGCAGUCGCUGUCCGCCAGCAAGGCGCUGGAGAGCAUCGGCCACGCGCUGCAGUCGCAGUACGAGCGGUGGCAGCCGCGCGCGCGCUACAAGCAGAGCCUCGACCCCACCAGCGAUGAGGUGAAGAAGCUGUGUUGUUCCCUCCGUCGCAACGCCAAGGACGAGCGGGUGUUGUUCCAUUACAACGGCCACGGCGUGCCCAAGCCCACCGCGCAGGGGGAGAUAUGGGUGUUCAACAGGGCGUACACGCAAUACAUCCCUCUGUCGAUGUACGACCUGCAGACGUGGAUGGGCGCGCCGUCCCUGUACGUGUACGACUGCUCCAACGCCGGCGUCAUCGUGGACAACUUCAAGCAGUUCGCGGACCAGCACGAGCGCGAGUACGAGGCGCAAGUGAACUCCAAGGAGGAGGGCACCACCCUGCCGCCGCCCGUGUCGUACAAGAACUGCAUCCAGCUGGCGGCGUGCGCGGCCGGCCAGUCGCUGCCCAUGAACCCCGAGCUGCCGGCCGACCUGUUCACGGCCUGCCUCACCACGCCCGUCAAGAUGGCCAUGAAGUGGUUCGUGCUGCGCGAGCGCACGCGCGUGGCGCCGCCCGACGUGCACGACCUCAUCGACAAGAUCCCGGGCCAGGUGACGGACCGGCGCACCAUGCUGGGCGAGCUCAACUGGAUCUUCACGGCCAUCACGGACACGAUCGCCUGGAGCUCGCUGUCGCCGGAGCUGUUCCAGCAGCUGUUCCGCGCGGACCUGCUGACGGCGUCGCUGUGCCGCAACUUCCUGCUGGCGGACCGCAUCCUGCGCUCGUACAACUGCACGCCCGUGUCGGCGCCCGCGCUGCCGUCGCUGGCGGCGCACCCGCUGUGGGCGGCCUGGGAGCACACGCUGGACCUGGCGCUGGCGCAGCUGCCGCGCCUGCACGGGCCCGAGCCGGCCGAGUACACGCACUCGCCCUUCUUCCGCGACCAGCUCACGGCCUUCCAGGUGUGGCUGGAGCUGGGCAAGUGGCGCGUGUCGCGCGCGGCGCCGGCGCAGCUGCCCAUGGUGCUGCAGGUGCUGCUGAGCACGCUGCACCGCGUGCGCGCGCUGCGCCUGCUGUGCCGCUUCCUGGCGCUGGGCGCGUGGGCCGCGCGCGCCGUGCUCAACGUCGGCAUCUUCCCCUACAUGCUCAAGCUGCUGCAGGCCUCCGCGCCCGACCUGCGCCCCUCCAUGGUCUACAUCUGGGCCAAGAUCAUCGCCGUCGACCCUAGCUGCCAAGUGGACCUGGUCAAUGCGAAAGGACACAAGUACUUUCUGUCCGUCUUGCAAGAUCCGUCAGUUGACAGUGAGCACAGAACCCUGGCGGCGUACGUGUUGGCGGGCAUCGUGGACAACUACCCCGCGGGACAGGAGGCCGCGCUGCAGGGCUCGAUGAUCUCGGUGUGCCUGGAGCAGCUGAACGACGGGUGCUGCGGGCUGGCGCUGUGGGCGUGCGUGUGCCUGGGCCGGCUGUGGCGGCACUACGACGCGGCGCGCUGGGCCGGCGUGCGCGACCUGGCGCACGAGAAGCUGUUCCCGCUGCUGACGCGGCGCGAGCCCGAGCUGCGCGCCGCCGCCGCCUUCGCGCUGGGCAGCUUCGUGGCGGCGGGCGCGGCGCGCACGGAGCACGCCAACGCGCUGGACCAGCAGGUGGGCGUGCAGCUGGCCGCGCGCCUGCCGCUCGACGCCUCGCCGCUCGUGCGACACGAGAUCCUCGCCGCUAUUCAAUGGAUGGUGUUGAUAUUUGAGCAACACUUUAUCGCGGUGUACAUCCAGGAGAGAGUGCGCAAGAGUGACAGGGAGGCGGGCCGCGGCGGCCGCGUGGACCAGGGCUGGGACGCGCUCUCCGACACGCGCAACGUGCACCACCACGCACUGGCGCGACACGCCGCCGCGCUCGCGCUGCCCUCCAUCGGGUUCGGCUCGGUGUACAUGAAGCUGUGGAACAUCCUCACCAUGAUGUCGCGCGAGCCGCAUCCACAGGUCUCGCAGAUGGCCAACGAAAUUAUUAACUACAUUGCCAACCAGGUGGACAGCGUGGGCCGCGAGCUGGAGCUGUCGCGGCGCGAGCCGGCCUCGCUGCCGCCGUCGCCGGGCUCGCGGGCGCCCGCCUCGCCGGCGCCGGCGCCGCGCCGCGCCGCGCGCCUGCCGCACGCCGCCUCCGAGGACUCCGUGCCGCACCGCGACCGGGACUCCACCUCGUCCAACUCUAGUCAGCCGGUGAAGAAGGCCAUCGUGACGACGCAGUUCGUGGAGUGGGCGGCGGCGCAGUUCGCGCGCGCCGAGCACGGCGGGGAGGGCGGCGAGCCCGGCGACGACGUGGAGAGCCGCGCGCUGCACGAGCGCGCCUGGCGGGCCGCGCGCAACCGCCGACUGCGCGCGCACGCACAAGGGCUGAGCGCGGCGCGCGUGUCGCGGCUGGAGACGGCGGCGUUCCACUCGCGCUGCCCGCUGCCGGCCGGCGUGCUGCAGUUCCACCCGUACGAGCAGCACGCCGCCGUGGCCUUCCGCCACAACUUCGGCGUGUGGGACUGGGGCACGGCCGCCAAGCUGUGCGUGGGCGCCUGGCAGCCCGCCUGGGGCCGCAUCACGGCGCUGGCCUACCUCAACGCGCACGCGCACGCGCUGCUGGCCGUGGCGGGCCACACGGGGCAGCUGGCCAUCUACCGGCCCGGGGCCAGCGCCGCGCAGCCCGCGCUGCUCUCCGCCUGGCGCGCGCUCGACACCAGCGCCGCGCCCGCCGCCGCCGACUACCGCCCGCCGCCCGCGCAGGCCGUCUACAGUCUGGCGCAGCUGGUGUCAGAGCAGUUCGCUUCGGCCGAGGACCGACAGGCCAGCAACCGGACCAAGCAGGACGCUAGCCUGGGCGCGGCGUACCCCGCGCCGCCCGGCACACUGCUGCGCUGGUGCGGCGCGCGGCGCUCGCUGGCGCUGGCCGGGCGCUCGGCGCGCCUGCGCCUGUGGGACGCCGAGGCCGAGCUGCUGCAGGCCGACAUCCCCACCGAGAGCGACGCCGCCGCCACCGCGCUGUGGCGCGCCGACGACCUGCUGCUGGCCGGCUUCGGCGACGGCAGCGUGCGCGCCUGGGACGGCCGCGGCGCGCGCCCCGCCUGGCGCCUGGCGCCGCACGCCGCGCCCGUGCUGGCCGCCGCGCACCGCGCCGACCGCGCGCUGCUCGUCACGGGCGCCAGCGACGGCGAGCUGCGCGUCUACGACACGCGCAAGAUGGCGCCGCUCGAGACCGUGCGCGCGCCGGCGCCGCUGGCCGCCAUCGACGUGCACCCGCUGUGCGACCUGGUGGCCUGCGGUUCGGUGAACCAGAGCAUCAGCAUCUACGACCUGAAGGGCACGCCGCUGAACACGAUAAAGUUCCACGAGGGCUUCAUGGGCGCGCGCAUCGGGCCGGUGUCGUGCCUGGCCUUCCACCCGCUGCGCUGCGCGCUGGGCGUGGGCUCCAAGGACUCCACGGUGUCGGUGUACGUGGCGGAGGCGCGGCGGUGACCCUCGCUGUACAGCCUGGCGCUGCCCUUCCACUGACCGCAGGAAGCGACGAGUCGUCGACUACGCGAGCGCGGUGAGGGGGAGGGGGGACGGGUGCAGGGACGCGGUGCUCCGAGCGCUGCUGUAUAUAUAUGUAUAGGUAGGUAGGCGCUAGGGUUGCUGCAGCGCUUGGCCGUAUUUACGAGUAAGCUGCUUAUCAAACUGCGCUAUCAUUGUAUAGGAUCUCUAUACAGACUAUACUACAUGUUGUAUUUUCGUUUCGUCAUAUUAUUUGUCUUGUGAUUUACAAAAAGUUCCUAAGACUCAAUAUUGACUAGCUGCCAUUUUGUAAAAUUAGGGUUUUGUUCAUUACGUAAUAAGUUUUAGAAUUUGUUUGUGGUUUAGAUUUUAAUGUUAAAUAAUGAUAAUAUGGCCAAGUGUAAUUAACUUGAUUCAUGAAUAUAUGCCGCAAUGAAGUGAGAGGUGCCGACCGGUAGCUAUAGCGUUUAAGUGAUAUAAUGAGCAUUUACCUGAUGUAAAGAUGAAUAUUUUGUAAAUGAUUAAUGUUAAUUUUCAUUGAACAAAGAUUGUUAAUAUUGGAAAUAAGUAAAUCAGAAUUCACUUAUGAAAUGUGUGGCCAUAGAAAACUAUAGUUAUUAUUAUAAGCGAUUGUCACCAAAUGUGACAAAACCUCAACAUUGUCAAUAUAAUGAACAAACACACAAGUUGCCAAUCGGUUGUUGAAUAUAUUAUUGCAUUUUGUCUACAAAGUGAUCGAUUAUGCUUUUACGUAUUAACUAUGUAAUUUAAAUGUACAUUUUACAUAAUAAUUAUUGUUGUUGUUAAAAUAAAAUAUGAUUAAAAUUU